UUUAUUCGCCAAGCUGGCCAGUAUACUCAGUAUUUGAACCAUUCGCUCAACCAUUUCAUCCUGGGACAACAAUGGCAGGAGCAGACUGCGUUCGAUCCCAUUCCACACCGUCCUCGCCAAGUAUUCGGCAUCAGCAAGAGCUGCUGGCCUCCCAGUCCACGGCAAGCAUUCUAGAAUCGGCUGCUGCCUCUCCUGCCGGACGUCCAACCCUCGACUCGAAUUCGCGACGCUCGCUCGAAGUGAUGAGACCGUCAAUGUCAGCUCAUUAUGUCGCAAGAGACCGCAGCAGCAGCCCGGGCUAUACCAGCGGCGUACGGCAAAGUCGCAUGAGCUCGAGCGUCGGGAACGGUAGCAGAAGCAUGAGGGAUAGCACUAGCAGCGUCAGCAGCAUGGGUUUUAGCCAACGGGCGGAGAGUCACGAUAGUGCCUCCCUAAGUGCGAGCAUUCGAAGCAACGCGAGCUUUUGGGAGUCUUUGUCCCAUGAACCCGCAGCGUCUACUUGCACGAGUAGAGUCAGUCCACGUCAUCGCACCGAGUCCCGGCUACAGAUGUGGAAUCGCGCUACAUCCGCGUCCGCCGCUGUGCAGCACACUGCCGCGCUCUCCCGCCUCUCCCGAACCUCUACCGGCAGCAACUCCGGAAGACUCACCGGAUCUGGGCCGCUUACCGGGACUGCGUUUAGCGAGACCAGAUCUCUUACCGGGACAAAUCCCCGUCGGCCCGGAUUACGAGUGAGAGGGGGGGACGGACAGCCACAGCUGGUUCGAUCCUUCAGCCUACCCGCGCCUCGUCUACAGGCAUCACUCUACCCGGGGGAAGCUUCCCCGCUGCGGACUCUAAGCGACCCGUGCCGCGUGUCCUCCGCGCUCUUGGAAGCCGCGGAUCGGCGGACGAAGAGUCGCGCUAGAAUCCCGCGGUCGCGCAGCGCGCACGUGCUCGGAUCGCCCGGGGUGGAGGAGCUAUGGCGGCAGGCCAUGUGUCGGGUGAUAUAUGUCCGGCCGGGCACUUGCACGGGUUGGCGGUUCGAAGCACCGGGGCACAGAUUGGCGGCCGAAAGCCCACGUGGAGUCGACUCGCAAGAUUCGCAACAGCCGUCAGCUGACGUGGCGCGUCGACAAGCUGACGGUGCGGCGGCGCAGGAGGAUGCGGGGAAUGCGGGGAGGGUGGCGGGUUUAAGGGGAGGAGCACGGCUCACGGCGCAAGGGGAUGCGGAGGCUGGGAUUGGUUUGGGGGCAGCAGCGCGGUCGAUGGCGCGGAUGUCGGGGAGUCUCGGGCAGCGGUUGGGCAGCGGUCGGGGAGUCUCGUCAAAUCCUGGGCCCACUUGUACCUGCCAGUCGGUCGGUGGGAAUUCUCCGGGUAAUUCACUCGAGAUUUUAGGACCGGCGCAGCAGCGGGAAAGGCAGCAGCAGCCUCAAAGCACAGGGCUUCAUCAGCAAGGAGGAGGGAGUUCGGGAAGUUAUUCUGUCUUCGCUUGGGCUGCGCAGAGGAGAAUCAUGGCGCGACGGGUCGCGGCAGCGCAUUCGUAAAGCCAGCCUCUUCACUAACUCCAUAUAUGGGCACCACGCGGAUAUGGGCUGGGCACCAGUUGUAUUUCGCAUAAAAUCAGCUGCACGCAAGAAUGGUGACGAAAUGCGUGAGAGUGGUUGCACGCAAGUUCAUGUUUCUCGUUCAGCAAAAUUUUAUCAAACAUGAAUGAGGUUUUAGAAGGAUGGGAUCUAGUCAUGAAUAUUAUGGUUUUCCAAUGUAUUCCACCAAGUGUAUAUGUGACCGGUUCCGCUUGAGCUGGACCUGUCUCUCUAGCGGCUUGCCAGCGAAUGUAGCUGAUGUUGGGCUCAGCGACGUAAACGACACGGCGAAGAUCGUCGGCGGUCGGGUUUUCCCGCGCCUUCUGGAAGUUUUCCCGCCAGGAAUAGUUUCGCGACGCUUCGUUUCUUCGAUUGUUGGUAACCAGCACCUGCGUCGAGGCAUCCCAGCCACAUGAUUCCCUCCUGCCUCUUCCCCACACCACAAGUUUCAAUCUACCGCUUCAGCCCAGCCAGCCAACGCCAUGUACAUGCCUGCAGCUGAACUGAACUUCCGAGUCAUGUGCAUCGAGGGAUGAGUCUGGACUCCAGCGAUCAGCAGCAGCCGCACCAAAAACUGCCAUGCCUACUAGCUCACACAUCCCAAAGCUCAGUUCCUGUCUCCUUUCGCUGUGGCAGACCUAGAGGUUGUUAGUCACAGGAUUCCUUCUUAGCAGAAUAGCGACGGUAUUUCGUGCAAGAAAUCUUCCUGUUUGGCAGGGGCUGAAUUUGUUUUUCAUGUUUCUUUCAGACUUUUCGAUUGAGAAUAGUAUACUCUUAGAUAGACUCUUACAAGGUUGCUACUUGUUCGAGGGACGAAUUCCGGUAUUCAAACCCUUAGGUUUCAUGAUCGUGUUUAUUCGCUGGUCGGCGCAGUCAUUCAGGCUCGGCAGGCAAGAACCUGAAAGGUAGCCUGCCUAACGUCUAAGCACUGCUCUACCAGCUAGGCGUUACCAGCGAGGCGUUACCAGCUAGGUGUUACCAAGACGACGACCCUAUCUUGACGGCAGAUUGGAGCCGCGUAACAAGCUAUAAGAGCCGAUUCUGCAGAUCCCGAGGGUUUGAUCGUGCUGACUAGGCAUUGCUGAAGUUACCAGCUAAACGUCCAGCUAAACGUCCAACUAAGCGUUACCGGCUAAGCGUUACGAGCUAGGUGUUAGCAAUACGAUCCUAUCCGGAUGGCAGACGCCGAGCGGCGUAACAAGUUACAAGAACUGAUCCGUCAAAAGAACAAAGGCCGGCCAGGAUCGUCGCGAUAUGGCGACGACGACGAAGACGACGCCGGUGGUUACCACAAGCAUCAGUUUGGUUACAACGACGACGACGACUUUAUAGACGAUGACGAUGGCGACGGUUACGGAGACGGGUAUAAGGACAGACGGGGAGGGGGAGGGGGAGGGGGAGGCGGAGGAGGAGGAAGAGGAGGAGGUAGCGGUGGGGGGAGAGAUUAUAGCGGGAGUGACAGAAGAGGGCGGGACGAUUAUGACGGUUAUGGGAACGGUCGGGCGGAGAGAGGGGGGCGAGGUGACGGGAAUUCUCACGGCCGUGGGGAUUCGACAAAGAACGG